AUGAAUCAGGAUUCAGACCAGAAGCACCACCCCGCUCGAGAUCUAGACGAUGAUAAUGACGACGAUUCCCUGCUCGAAGCCCUCGAGAACGAAGAUGACUCUGUCUACCGUGCGCAUCGCAUCGAACAACUCAAUGCCGAGUUUUCUGCCCUCAAAACCAACCGAUCCUUUCUCCGCGGUCCAGCAACCACUCUCGUUGAAGAAGGCCUCUACCCUACUCUGGAAGACGAUCAAGCCGUGCUAGACUUCUCAACGCGGACCCAUCGUUGUGUCAUCCAUUUUGCCCAUCCGGAUUUCGCCCGCUGCGGGGUCAUGGAUGAGCAUAUCCGGGCGUUGGCAACACGGCACCAUGAGGUGCGCUUCGCGCGCGUCGAUGUGCGCAAUACCCCCUUUGUGGUGGACAAACUGAGCAUACGUGUCCUUCCUUGUGUAAUUGGGUUCAAGGACGGAAUUGGUGUCGAGCGUGUGGUGGGAUUCGAAGGCCUUGGAGCCGGGGGGCGGGACGGGGCUGACAGCUUUAAUAUCGCGACUCUAGAAAAGCGCCUACUUUGGAAAGGGAUUCUGGCGCAGACGAAGUUCAAAAAUAGCGAGGAUGAUUCUGAUAUAUCUGAGGGUGGCAGUGGCGACGAAGGGUCCAGCAGAAGACGGCCAGGUACUGGGCGACGGACUAUUCGAAGCGGAAGUGGACGACACCAUGGAGGCGAUAAUGACGAUGACGACGACUGGGACUGA